UAAAAAAAGCUGUAAAUAUGCCCACAAGCAAUCAAAUGGCAAGACGCACUUGAAUACACGGAGCAAUACUGAGGCGGAUCUUUUUUAGUAUUUUUUUUUAUUUUACCACCACCACUUCCCGUUCACACAUCUGCAUGUACCCCAGGUAUCUCGGGAGACUUAUAAUUCAACGUGCUUAUAAAUAGCGCCAGCCGAACGCAUGGCUGGCGGCUCAGCACCGACAUGCAGCGAUGCCACAACAGAUCGCAUGGCACGGCUUUGACAGCUAGCUCUCACGAGCACGUUCAGAAGAGCACAGCAGGGCUAAGUACUAGUUCUGCAAGACCAAUCCGUGAAUAACUCGCUUAGUGCUUCAAUAUCGGUUACGCCUACGCUUAUCCGCGCUUACACGUGGACCAUACGAGUAAAACGCUCCCAACCAAAGAGUAAUUUGUACUAGCAGGCACCAUAUAUGGCCUCCGUGAUCCACAUUCCAUGCACCUAGAAUGCUGUGCGCACCAUCUGGCAUCAAACGUUGCUGUGUUCCUUUCCACACAGAUAAUACACGCCUUCAUCAGGCUCCUGAAGAUGCUCGCUUCGCGCUUGUAGUUGUGUCGAGAGAUUCGGGAUUAAGCCAUUCCCGGUGCUUUGGCUUCGAAGCGAAGUGAGCGAAAACGCGGCCACUGGACGUACAACGCCAAAGUCUCGGCGUGUUCAGCUGCGCCCUCUAUCGCCGCUUCCCGUUCUCCACUCCCGCGGGUAAGAUAAAUGCUUACAAACCACGCCGGCUGAACGGAACCGGCCGAAGUCUCAGCACCGGCGCGGAACGACGCCGUAGCAGCCGCAGCGCAGCCCGAAGAGUCGUCGGGAACUCACGGUGGUGACGCGGAAUUACGACGGCGUUCCAUGUGCCUGGCGAUACGACCGUGAUUUUCUGUUGCUCGCGACGCUGUCACAGGAGAUACCUGUCCCAUGAGGAGUUGGGGAGCUGUGCUCCUAGCGGCGUUCCUCUUGCUGCUAGACUCGCCGGCAGAUGGCAGGAGACACCUCAUUCGCCACGGUCGUCAGCGGCGGCAGCACCAACACCUACACCACUUCCAGCAAAACGUGACGCUGGGUUUAAAGCCGGGGUCGUACCAAGAAUCAGGUCCCUGGGGUCCCUGGACUGCUAGCAGUUCCUGCUCGAGGACCUGCGGUGGAGGCGUCGCCUACCAAACGCGAGUCUGUGAGGACUUCAGACAUGACGGAUCGCACGGCUGCACCGGUCCAUCCAGGAAGUACUUCUCUUGCAACGUCGAAGAAUGUCCUGACCACACAAAGGACUUCAGGGAAGAGCAGUGCGCCCGGUUCAACAGCAUACCCUUUGAAGGGCGCUACUACAGCUGGGUGCCUUAUUACAAAGCUGCCAACCCCUGUGAGCUAAACUGCAAACCAAAAGGCGAGCGAUUCUACUAUCGACAUUCAGCCAAGACCAUCGACGGUACGCGGUGUCAUGAUGAUGGCAGCCUUGACGUUUGUGUCGAUGGAGCUUGCAUGCCUGUCGGGUGCGACAAGAUGCUGGGCUCGGACGCCGUGGAGGACAAGUGCCGGGUGUGUCGGGGUGACGGUACCAGCUGCAGCACAGUCGAGGGCGUCUUCGACUUGGAUAACUUACAAGUCGGUUACAACGACAUCCUGCUGAUUCCAUCAGGAGCUACGAACAUCAGGAUUGAAGAGAAGUUCCCCACAAACAACUAUCUUGCCGUUCGCAACCAGACUGGCUACUACUACCUCAAUGGCAACUGGCGCAUCGAGUUCCCCCGGAGCAUCCGCUUUGCUGGCACUGUGUUUCAUUACGAGCGGCGCAACCACGGUGCCAAUGCUCCCGAGAGCUUGGUUGCCCUUGGGCCAACGAUCGAGACCAUCCUCAUUGUGCUUCUGUACCAGGAAAAAAACCUGGGCAUCACGUAUGAAUACUCAGUGCCUCACGGCGUCGGUCGGCAGCAGCCAGACAUGUACAACUGGAACUCGGGAGACUUCGGAGAAUGCUCACAGACCUGUGGGGGAGGUGCUCAGACCCGCCUCGUCUACUGUACGAGUGCAACCACAUUUGAAAAGGUGUCUGACGACCUCUGCAACCCGACAGUCAAGCCCCAAGCCACCAGGGUCUGCAACCCAGAACCGUGCCCUGCAACGUGGUAUGUUGGGGAGUGGGAAGACUGUUCCAAGUCUUGCGGCAAUGGCACGCAGCUGCGAUUGGUGUUCUGCCAGCGGCGCACCGAGGCUGGCAGCGUGCUGACCGCUGACUCGGACUGCGAAUCCUCAGGGCCCAAGCCAGAACGGCUGCAGGAUUGCAGCUCCGAUGCCGAGUGUGCCUCCUGGGAAGUUGGCAACUGGACGGAGUGUGAUCGUCUAUGUGGAGAAGGCACUCAGAUCCGAGAUGUUGUGUGCAUCAACCCUCUCGGUGGUGAGACUGUGGAGGUCCUGGAUGACUCUGGUUGUGACGAAUCGACAAAACCGCCCUCCAACCAAACCUGUGAGCUGCGACCCUGUGAUGGCACAGAAUGGGUCACUUCACCGUGGUCUGGGGCAUCGUACAGUGCAUUGGGCAUCAGCCAACAGUGCUGCCUGUUCUGA